AUGUCUCGUACAUAUUAUUUUGAGUCUGUAUCACCAUUGUAUAAUGUUGUGAAUUGGGGACAUAUCAGUAAUGUAUUACUGGAAAUGGGGAUGACUUAUUUAAAAUAUUUACAGUACCACGUAGAAUUGUUGACCAAGAUUGUUGGUAUAGUUCAGUUUUCUGAUUGUGUGCCACGAGGGAAAAUAAAUCAUCAUCUUUCGGCGGCGGGAUUUAACACAAGUUAUUUGCAAGAUGUGAAAUUACCUAUGGUUUUACCCCAUGUACGAAUAUGGUUACUUUGCAAGCAUCAUGAGCUUUCUGAAUCGGAAAUAAAAGACCAAGGAAGCUUUGCAUUGGGCGGUAGAAACCGUCUCUUAAAAGAUGAUCUGGUACCGUAUAAGAAUUUAGUAAACAAUUUUAUGGAAACUAAAAAUUAUGCGCAGUGUGAGUUUCUUAAAGGCGGUCAUAAAAUAUGUGAAUAUGCCGAUGCAUUGAGUAGACUUCCUUAUGAUAAAGUGUGA